AAGACAUCUCUGAUCACGAGGUUCAUGUAUGACAGCUUUGACAACACAUAUCAGGCCACAAUUGGAAUAGACUUCCUGUCAAAAACGAUGUACUUGGAGGACCGAACGGUGAGGUUGCAGCUGUGGGACACGGCUGGACAGGAACGCUUUAGGAGCCUCAUUCCCUCCUACAUACGAGACUCUACUGUGGCCGUGGUGGUUUAUGAUAUUACAAAUGUGAACUCCUUCCAGCAAACGUCCAAAUGGAUCGACGACGUCAGAACAGAGAGAGGAAGUGAUGUCAUUAUCAUGCUAGUUGGCAACAAAACAGACUUGGGAGACAAGAGGCAGAUCACCAUAGAGGAAGGAGAACAGAGGGCCAAGGAGCUCAGCGUCAUGUUUAUUGAGACCAGCGCCAAGACAGGCUACAACGUCAAGCAGCUGUUUCGGCGUGUGGCGGCUGCCCUUCCCGGGAUGGAGAGCAUGCAGGAGACGAGCAAGGAGGGAAUGAUUGACAUCAAGAUGGACAAACCGCAAGAGCCUCCGACCACUGAAGGCGCGUGCUCCUGUUGAUCCUGAUUGGACGGUUUCAUCUCCUCCACUUGCUUGUUGUGUUACUUUGGUUGGCCUCCACUUGAGUUUUCAGAUUAGACUCUUGGUCUUUUCAUCUAAAUAUUGGUUGGAAACGUUAUAUUGUUAUACAUGUAAAACACUGUACUUUAUUAACAAAUAGUGCCAAAAGAAAAGUCUUAAAAUUUAUUACAAUGAUCAUAAUCAUGAACAAAAAAAUAUCCCUUAACCACAUAAAACAUGUAAUAUACUUGUCUUUGUAAAAGUAGAACGGAACGUUUUCUUUUUUUUUCCUUUUUGUGUUUUUGUUAAAGAAAUGAAAAGACACAGACAAAUUCUCCUCUUGGUUAGAGGCUCAAAUGGUACCCUGUCGUUCCCUAUAUAGUGCACAAAUAAAGCCCUGGUAAGUGCACUCUAAAUGGAAUAGGGUGUCACUGUGAUGGAAGGAAAGAGAUGAAUUGGAACACGCCAUCUCUAAUGGCUAGAGAGGGCAAACUGACCAGUAACUUUUCACUGAAUAUCUAAUGCAUGCAUGCCAAUUAUUAUUAUUAUUUUAUAUAUAGUUUUUUGUUGUAUUUUUUUAGGUUGGCCUAUGAAUGUGUUGUCGUCUGAUGUAUACCGUUUGGACAUUUACAUUUAAGUCAUUACAUUUAAGUCAUUACAUUUAAGUCAUUACAUUUAAGUCAUGUCAUUUGGCAGACGCUCUUAUCCAGAGCGACUUACAAAUUGGAUAGGAAAAUGCUCUUAACCUACACGUGUUCACUCAUUUAUUUUUGUCUUCACAAAAUGCUGUGAUUGAAGCUGGAUUUUAAUAGUGUGUGUGUGUGUGUGUGUGUGUGUGUGUGUGUGUGUGUGUGUGUGAGUGUACGCUUUCUAUAUAAGACACUGUAGAAUGCAACCAUCCAUUGAGGGCAGCUGCCAAGCUGCGUCCUCACAGAGGCCCAUGUUCUAGCUGGUUAAUCACAACUGCAGAGUGCUUGGGUUUGCCGUGUCUCUCCUCCUAGCUGCUGUUGUUGCGGCUGCACUGUGUCAUACUAUCUACUACGGUAUUGUGGUUAAGUGUUUGUCCCAAAGAGCACCCUACUCCUUAUACAGUGGACUACUUUGGACAGGCCAAAACAGGGAAUAGAGCAGAGUGGACAGAAGAUAGGUCUGCAGAAAGCCUCCUAAACAGUAACUAAAAUAAAAUAAUAUAUUUUUUAAAACUCAUCCUUUUAUGCUUUAUAUGAAGUUCCCCUCCACUGUUUCUGUUCUGUAAAAAUAAAAAAGCAGCUUGUCAUUCACCACAUAAACAAGUUGUGACGGUUCCCUCGUCCUAGCCUGAGGGCCAGUCUGUUUGUGUUAUCAUGCCAACUCCCUGUCACUCAUUGUCAUGCCAAUUGACAGUCAUGGAGUAAACAAGAGGGGGGAAAUCAGGCUGUCCUGGUAUCUGGUAACAGAUACACAGUUCCUGUCAAAUAAAUCAAGAACAAAUGACUCAUUUGCACAUGUAGACCUUUGAGGUUAUUAUGAAGUUGUUCCCAGAGGCCUCGAUUCCUGUCCGAGUCAUUCCCUUUUUAUGUGCGUUUUUCUGACUUUAAACUUGAAGCUGCAAUCGGUACUUUAUUUUUUUUUUUGCAUGACAGGACAAAAUUCAAAAUAGAAAUGUGUAUUAUAGAUCUGUUGUUUUCAUUGAAAGCAAGUGCUAAGAAGUGGUAGAUCUGUUCUAUGUGCCCUAUUGCUAUGCUUCCCGUUUUUAAGUUUCGUUUUUGUAUUUUUUUUUUUACUUUUGGUUUUUGUACACCAGCUUCAAACUGCUGAAAAUACAAAAUUUUUGGUUAUUGAAAAUAUAUUUCACAGCGGUUUAGAUGGUACAAUUAUUAUUUACACUACACUUGAUUGCCUACUUUAAGUUUAUAUGUGACAAAACAAACUAUUAAAAUUGUAGUAACCAGAAAUGGCGGAGCAUUUCUGCGUAGUGUGUCUUUAAGCAUGAGAACAGGUCUAUUCGUUUUGGGUGGAGAUGAAAUGAAGAAAUAAAGGCGUGUCUGCUGUUA